AUGAAUCUUCAGAAACUAAUUUCAACACGAGAAGGUCAGCGCAGAGUUGUACAGAGGAAAUUAGACAGUAUAACUGAUGAUAUGUCGCCACUUGAAUUUAUGUCGCUGAUAGACUAUUUGACAGAGAAAGCUGAGAUAAUCAAACGACUGAAUGAAAAGAUAAAAUUACGUGACACUUCUCGCAAGCAUAGUCAAGACUUUACAAACAAUAGUUCCGUGGAUAAUGAAGAAAACCCAGCGUUACCACGUCAUGCAGGUUCGAGUACUUUUUUUCAACACAGGCUUCCGAAACUGACUUUACCUACCUUUGAUGGAGAUCUAACAACCUGGCAAACUUUCUGGGACUCUUUUGAGUCAUCGGUUCAUCUAAAUGCUUCGUUAUCGGACGUUCAGAAGUUCAACUAUCUGAAAUCUUUGCUUCAAGGUACAGCUUCACGGUGUAUAGACGGAUUUCCUUUGACGAAUACUAACUAUUCCAAGGCAGUGAGUCUACUCAGAGAGCGUUUCGGUAAGUCUCAGAAGAUUAUUUAUACGUACAUGCAGUCUUUGUUGGAACUUGUAAAACCUGACAACAGUGUGGUGAGUUUACAAUGUUUUUAUGAUAAAAUGGAAACUUUUAUUAGAGGUUUGGAAUCCCUCGGACAAUCGCAAGAAUCAUACGGUAGUUUACUUGUACCAAUAGUGUUGGAAAAAUUACCUGGUGAGAUCAAACGAAACAUGGCACGUGAAUAUGGUAGUCAGAGUUGGAAUUUACAAGACUUGAGAUUAUCUUUAUCCAAAGAAAUUUCUUUUCUGGAAGCAGGUGAAACAAUGGAAGUGUCGGAAGCACACAACCCUACAGCGUUAUUCUUUGCUGGAACCAGACCAAAGCCGAAACAACCCAGCCACAGGCAUAGAAACGAUCAUUACAAGAAAAAUGACAAAAAACAAUCUUCAUUAAAUCCCGACGCUGCAAGUUUCACAGUACCAGCUACGUCCGACGUCGUAUCCCAACCCGAUACAGCAACUCUACACUCAACAAUUGAUUCCAGACCGGAUAUACUACUCAAGACAGCUGUUGCCCAGGUAUGUACAUCCAGUGUUUCUAUAGAGACAAACAUUCUUUUUGAUGAGGGAGCUCAGCGUUCCUUUAUUACUGAAGUGUUGGCAGAAAAGUUACAUCUUCCCCAGACCGGAAGUGAGGUAGUACAUUUAGCGUCUUUCGGUGAUACCAGCCAGCGAGUUCGAAACAUGACCAAGGGAACUAUUUCUCUUAUUACAGACGAUAAAGAAAAAAUAGACAUAGAAGUGUUGAUUGUUCCAAAAAUAGCCGUUCCGUUACGCAGUGUGAAUCAGAACAUUUCAUCUUUACCAUAUUUACGCGGUUUGAAACUUGCUCAUCCGGUUACAAAUGACAAAGAAUUUGAGACAUCGUUGCUGAUUGGUGCAGAUUCAUACUGGAAAAUUGUUCAAGAUAGAGUGUUCCGAGGGAACGGUCCAACUGCGGUACAGUCAAGAAUUGGAUAUCUUCUGUCAGGUCCGCUUCCAGUAUCCACAUACAAGCAACUUCCGGUUUCCGUACAAGGAAGACCCACGCAUCACAUGCUUAACGUUCUUAAGUCACCAACAGACCCCUGUGAUCUUGAGAGAUUUUGGAGGCUUGAGUCUCUAGGAAUCUCAGAAAAUGAAGAAAAUAAGUCUACAACUACUUAUCAAGAGGAUUACCUGCGGGAUUCUAUAAGCUAUAGCAAUGGACAUUAUUCAGCAAAACUACCUUGGAAGGAUGAUCAUGAGACUUUACCCACAAAUUAUGACAUAACGAGGAAACGUACUGAAAACGUCAUCAAGCGUCUAGGUCAAGACCCACAAAUCUUACAGAAAUAUGGAGACAUUAUCAAAGAUCAGGAGACGAGAGGUUUUAUUGAGAAGGUUGAUGAAACUAUCGUACCACAACACCAGAUACACUACAUCCCGCACCACGGAGUUAAGAAAGAUUCUGUUACUACACCGAUACGCAUAGUAUAUGACUGUAGUUGUCGCCAGCCCAGUCUUAAUGAUUGUCUAAAAUCGACCCCUCUUGAACUCAAUGGCAUUACCCACAACUUGAUGCGUUUCCGGUUACACAAAUACGCCGUAUCUUCCGACAUAGAAAAAGCCUUUCUCCAGAUACAAUUAGCAGAAGAAGACAGAGAUGUCACGAGGUUUAUAUGGCUGAGCGAUCCCAAUGAUCCCGACAGUUUUGAAGAUGGGAACCAGACGCUUGCUUACUUCCAGGAUGCGCGCGUUCUGCUGUCGUCUGCUAACUUCAAUCUACGCUCAUGGAAUUCUAACAGCCAACGUCUACGAAACUUAGCCGCAACAAACGAUGUUUUAGACACAGACAAUAUCACAAAGAUACUUGGUAUGCGAUGGAAUGCAGAAACAGAUAUGCUGAUGUUUCAAACAACACAUAUACCAAUCAGAGCCAUUACAACAAAACGUGAAAUUUUACGACAAACGUCAAGAUUGUAUGAUCCGCUAGGUCUGCUUAGUCCGGUUACAGUACGUGCUAAAAUUAUGUUACAACACAUUUGGCAAGAGAAAUUCGACUGGGAUACUCAGUUACCAGCUGACAUACAACAUAGAUGGGAAAACCUUGUGAAUGACUUGAAUAUCAUAUCCACAACUAAAUACAGACGAUGUUACUUUGAAAUCCCUGCCGCAGACGAAAAAUCCCAGAAAGGAGCAGACACUUUACCCCUCACCCUACAUGUUUUCGUAGACACAAGCCAGUCUUCAUAUGGUGCUGCAGCAUACCUCUGCAAGGGACAACAAUCAUCACUUAUCAUGUCGAAGAAUCGUGUAGCACCACUUAAGAAACUUACGUUACCACGACUAGAACUAAUGGCAGCUACAGUUGGUGCUCGAUUAGCGAAUCACAUACAGAAGAUACUUCAGCACACAGAUGUUUACUUCUGGUCAGAUAGUCAAAUCGUUUUAUACUGGUUGGAAACAGCUAAACCCUUACCACGAUUUGUCCAAAACAGAGUUAAUGAAGUGAAAGAACUUACAAAGAACAGCAAAUGGAAAUACUGCCCCACCAACUCAAACCCCGCUGAUCUACUUACGCGUGGAAUUACAGCUAAGCAAUAUGCAGAGAACGAAAGUUGGCUGACCGUGGAUCAACGACCCUUCAAAUUGGCCUACAUGGAGUACGAAUGA